AUCGCGAGUAUUUAUAAAUAAAACAAAAAUAAAAUACAUGCAAAGUACCACGAGUUAGCAAAAUUUUGUUCAAUAUUGAAUUCCAUUAUAAUCUAGCUCCUAAUUCUGUAGCGGUUUUGGCUAGUGUCAUGGAAUCCACUGUUAAAAUUAAGCAAGAACCGGGACUCAAAUCGAAAAGAGUUAAUUCUUCCGUACCGUCAAUGCCAUCCGCAGCAACGACAGCUCCCAUUCCUACCGGUGUAACCAUCAAAACCGAACGUCUUACAUCGUUUCGUGUUCCGCGGGAUCUAACUUUAGGUGGACUGGCCAACGGUCGAUCUGUGAAACCAGUAACAAAUAAAAAAGUGUACACACCAAAUUUGAAUGCAGUGAGGAACAAAGACACGAAUGUUAAAACAGCAUCAACGGGACCGAAGCAGAGAGUCAAAUCAGAACGCAAAGAUAAAGCCGGUGGUCGAAAGCAGAGCUCGCUGGUCCAGACCGCUGGUAUUUUCUCUGAGGGUCUGGCCCAGCGCGUGCUUCAGCAACGUUCAAAAUAUGACAAAUACAACAGUUCUGCGAAAGAGCCGGGGGAAGCAAUCCGGCGUCCAGUUUAUCGAACCGAAAUUAAGGUUGAUCCGGAAGACGAGCGGAAACGUAUUUCGGACCUUUUUGGGGACGCCGAAGAAGAUGAACUACCUUCGGAAGAGGUGAAAAAGUAUGAAAAUCAAAUGUUGAGGCCCGUACGUCUGGACAAUUUGGAUUACAAAUUCAAGGCUUUGAAGCCCGAAGUCAAAGAUGAAAAUCCAAAACCGCAAGCAGGCGAAUUGCUCGAAUCUAUCAAAGCGACUGAUAACCAGAACAACUUCUUCCUGCUGCAGCUUCCGGAUGCAUUACCUGGGAAAACCGACUCGGAAGUGCGGAAAACGGAACUCAAUGGAACUGGAGAAGAGGAGGCAAAAACUGAUCCGCAGCGUUGCACAGUUCGAGAGCUGGAAGAAGGUUACAUCGGGAAAGUGAUUCGAUAUCGAUCGGGUAAAGUCAAAUUGCUUCUAGGAAACACAGUGUUCGAUCUGUCCAUGGGUAUGGAUAGUGGAUUUUUACAGGAGCUUGUGUCGAUCACAACAAAUCCGGAAGAACGAAGCGGGAAUAUUAUCAAUCUGGCGGCGAUUAAAUCUAAACUGAACGCCUCACCGGAUUGGGAACAUUUAUUUAAGAAGUGAUAUUUAUUAAUAAAUCGUUGAAUGAAUCGUAUUUCAUUACGUUUUACUACGUCAAUGAAUCUAAUAACAA